CGUGCUUGGACUUCUUCCCCCUUCUUCUCGCUGCGUCUUAUCUUGCUCCCUUGAGCAAGGCCAUUCGUUUUUAUCCAACCUCUCCCCUCCUCGCCCCCAACCUCGAAUUCCUCCCUGGUCUUCUUCGCCCUUCAACGACCAAUUCCGAAUCGAGACUGCCAAUUGAUAAAUCGGAUCGCUCCCCUUCCACUCGCUUCAUUCAAUUCAUCCCGCCCGGUGGUCAUGCUUGUCGGUCAAAUACAAUAAUCAUAAUCUUUAAUAUCUUUCCCAAUGGGCAAAUGGCAUUAUGGAGUUGUCCUGGACGCAGGAUCGUCUGGGACUCGAGUACAUGUCUAUCGCUGGUUGAACAACGAUGUUGCGCGAAAAGAGUCCGAUAAGAAGGACCUCAAGUCCUUGCCGGAAAUCAAAACGAAAUCCGACUGGACCAAGAAAAUACGACCUGGAAUAUCUUCUUUCGCCGAUCGACCCGAAGCCGUUGGACCUGAACACCUUGCGGAACUUUUGGAACACGCUCUCAAGAUUGUGCCGGACGAUGCUAUCAAGGAAACACCCAUUUUUCUGCUCGCCACGGCGGGGAUGCGACUACUCCCCGACCUGGAACGAGGCUUGCUAUUGAAUCAGAUCUGCUCUUACGCCCGCGCGAACACCGACUUCUUGCUGCCCGACUGCGACGUUCACAUCCAAGUGAUUCAGGGAGACACGGAAGGCUUAUACGGAUGGGUGGCAUCCAACUACUUGCUAGGCAGUUUCGAUGCCCCGGAUAAGCACGAUCACGGCAAGGGUCACCACACAUAUGGUUUUUUGGACAUGGGAGGCGCAUCGGCGCAGAUCGCAUUUGCGCCUAACGCCACCGAGAGCGAGAAGCAUGCGAACGACCUGACGCUGCUACGUUUGCGCAAUGUCGAUGGAUCCGCCCAAGAACACCGGGUUUUCGUUACGUCUUGGCUGGAGUUUGGAGUGCGCGAGGCCCGUCGGCGUUAUCUAGAAUCGCUCCAGGCCGCCAGCGGAGUCGACACUGUCAAAGAACUUCCCGAUCCUUGUCUACCAGCGGGGCUCCGAACCACUCUAGAAGGACAGACCGUUUCGUCAGACGAAGCACAAGCCAAAGAAAUGUACCUUCUGGGAACCGGAAAGUUCGAGGAAUGCCUUCGACAAACAUUUCCUCUACUGGACAAGGACGCCCCGUGCCCCGAUGCUCCUUGUCUCCUUCACGGGAUCCACGUUCCUGCCAUUGACUUUGACGUGAAUCAUUUCAUCGGCAUCAGCGAAUACUGGCAUACGACGCAUGACAUCUUCGAAAUGGGACACAAGGACAAGGCGUACGACUUUAAUACCUAUCAAGAUCGUGUCCUGGCCUUUUGCUCGCAGGACUGGAGUACUAUCGAGGAUGGCAUUCACGAGCAUAAGUGGGGGAAAAAACUGGAUGUCGACAAGGCUCAUGAGCUUUGCUUCAAAGCGUCGUGGAUCAUCAAUGUGUUGCACGACGGAAUCGGAAUCCCUCGCGUGGGACUUGAGGAUACGACAGGCUCUGGCCACAACGGAACCGAGGAAGUCAUCCAAAAAGGCGAGGACCGGGGCUACCUGGAUCCUUUCCAAGCAGUGAACAAGAUCGACUCAACGGAAGUUAGUUGGACCCUGGGCAAGAUGGUGCUGUACGCGUCUUCUCAGGUUCCCGUGGAAGUCGAAGAAUCCCUGCCGGUCGGAUUCGGAAGCAACGUUGCUGGUGUUCCCAACGACUUCCAGUACCCGAGUUCUGAGUUGAUGCCCACGCCCCAGGGACCUCACACCACCUCGUGGCAUGAUGCCUUGUUCGAAGAAGCCUCAUCUCGCCGAGCUCCUGGCUUUGUACUAUUUUUGCUUAUCAUUGUCAUGGCAUUAUUCUUCCUCUGUGGGCGGAGCCGUCGCCUGCGAGUGUACCACAAAGUCAACACCUGUCUCCACCGUCGCGGACCGUCCCACCCGAACCACCCCAAGAAGCGGAAGUUUUUCGGUGGCAAGUUACCAUUCUUCGGCGGCCAACGAAGUCCUUCGUACGAGCGUGUCCUCGAGGAUGGGGCUCAUGAAUUUGACUUGGGGGCCAGUCACUCCGGUCGCAGCUCGUUGGACGACAGUCGUUCCUCUGACGCUGAUUCGGGCUUCAUGCCACCUAAGCGCGCCGCCAGUUGGGGUAGCAGCACGCCGACUCUAAAGUUCGGACUGGACAACUCUUCGUCGGGGACCAUCGGUCUAGGGAUUACGGCGGGGUCUGCCAUGGACCGGGCAGGCCUCGUCGUGAGGACUGAAAGUCGGGAUCAUCUGGCCCCGAUAGCAUUGGGACCUACGACGAACGGCCGGCGUUCAAGGACCGGCAGUCCGUCCAGGUCUCACCCGCAUCGAUCGCCAAUCACGACCCCUUUGACGCAAGAAUAAUGCCCCAUAUAAUGACCUUUUCCUUUUGUUUCCUUUCUCCAUGCAUAUUUACGAGGAGUUAUAUUCACGCUUUUUGAACCAGAACCAAUCAUUGGCAGGGCAGCUGACACGAAGCAACCG